AAAAAGAGAUAACAAUGAAGGUGGUGCAAAAAAAGGUAUGUGCUAUUGGUUCUUGUAUUGUUGGUAAUGAAAAAGCUUAUAAUGUAUGUGAAAGUAAAAGACCUGAUGGAUCAAAAGUUAAUAGAAUAAACUUUGAAGCAACUUUUAAAAAUGAUCGAUUAUAUUAUAAUGAUACAUUAUAUAAAUAUGUAAAUAUAUGGAGAUUAUUUCAAGAAGAAGAAAACAAGCCUAGAUUUAACCCACCUGAUAGAGAUGAGGAUAGUGAAAAAUUAAAUGCUACAGAUUUAAUAGUUGAAUAUUAUAAAGUUUCUGUUGCUGGCGAUUUGGCAAGAAAAACACAGAAUGAUAUAACUUCUGAAGAAAUUCUUGUAGAUCCAGAAAACUUAAAUGAUCAGAAUUAA